ACAUCGGCUCUAGUUUCCAUUGUUCUCCGAAAACCGAAGCUGAAAACAUUGGGAACUAUCCUUUUAAACAACCAUAUGACUGAUUCUAUGCUUCCCUGAAGCUUUUGAAGGUGCUGAUCAUAACAUGUUACCUGCAAGAUUUGUGAUGGCAUUUGACAAUGCAAGUGCAGAAGAAACCCCUUUCCCUCCACCGGACAUAUCUUCUCCCAGAAGCAACUUCGCAAACUUCUCCUUCAUUUGCUCCAUCUCUGCAACCCCACCGAACAUACAGGAUCGAUCUUCUCUGAAACUUGGGUGCUUUUUGUUGGUGUUGCUGGAAGCUGGGUUAUGGUUGCUACUACAUUCUGAUCCUCUAAAUCAUCGGUGGUUUCGAUCUCGUCGACGAUGCUGGAGGUGUUGGCGUGAUGAUGCCUUAAUGAUGAAUGGUCAUGGAUAUGGAUACCCUUGAUAUGAGU